AGUAAUAAUUCACAAUACUAUAAAAAAGGAAGAAAAACGCUUGCUUGGUUUGGGACGUUUCAGCAUAGUUUUAGUUUAGCCUGAUAUCUUGUGUUAAAGGCCUGCUUGACAGAUAGCAUGGAAAAAUCUCAGGAACCCCGGUGGAUAAUGCUUCCCGUUGACAACUCUAUUCACAGCGAACGGGCUUUUGAUUGGUAUGUGAAGAACCUGCAUAAACCAGGUGAUAAACUUGGAAUUGUUCACAUCCACGACCCACCUAGCCCAUCUGAAGCGUUUGGUGUUUGGGAUAGAAUGGUUGUUGAAAGCGAGAAUAGAUGGAGGGAGGAAUUUCAGAAAAGUAUAGCUGAAUCUAAAGAAGUUAUAAAGAAAUUUGAAAACAAAGCAAAAGAUUGUGGAGUGGAUAGCGAAACAUUUUUAACAAAUAGCAACUAUGGGCCUGGGCAUGCUAUAUGUGACAUAGCUGAUAGAAAGGAUGCUGUUGGUAUUGUAAUGGGUUCAAGAGGUUUAAAUUUCUUCAGAAGAACGUUGCUUGGAAGUGUUAGCUCAUAUGUGAUCAAUCAUGCAAACACAACUGUUACUGUGACGCCACCAUCAAAAUAAUCCACAAUACAAUUUGCUUUUACUGUUAAUUUAGGACUCCAUUUUACUCACAUGGUGAAAUAAAUAUUACUUCUUCUCUUAUGAAAAUCAACACUCUAAAAAGGUUCUUUUUUUGAAACAAUUGAUAGUACUGUAAAACUUUUUAAAAAACAUAUAUUCUUGCGGUCAGGUUCCCGUCAUAAUACUGGUUGAACCAAUCACGGGCCAGUAUUCAGAUUAAGCAACCAUUAUGAAAUGAUAGACAAAAGCUGUAAUCAUAAUGUUUUUGUGGUGAAACCUAUACAAUACUGGAUUUUUCAAGGAAUUCUUCUUUUUUUUAGUCAAAUUUUUAAUAUGUUUUAUUGCUUAAUCUUUGCCAUUUUGCCACAUUUUAACGCUGUUUUGCUUGUAAAUUAUGUUUGAUUAAGAUUUCUACUGUGAAGGUUUGACCGUGAAAGUCCACUUGUUCCCUCAUCGGAAAGCAACGAAGGAGAACAUUCCGACCGCAGGAAUAUAUAUAUUUAGCUAGACUUUAUUCUGACAAAAUUUUAAAAUCGAAAGAUUCUGUUGCUGGAAAAUAUAGCCAUAUAUACAUAUA